AUGAUAGGCGGAUCAAUGUCCUUCCCGCUCGCCGUUGCUCCGUCCGGAAUGCAAUGCAUGGCCCAUCCCGAGGGCGAGAAGGCAACUGCGAGAGCAGCCGCUCGGGCCCGCGUAUUCAUGGGGGUUUCGACUUUUGCGACCACCUCGCUUGAAGAUGUGAAGGGGGCUGGGGAUGAGGUGCGGAACAAUGUGUACAUGCUUCAGCUGUACAUAUUCAAAAACCGCAAGACGACGAUUGAUCUUGUGAAGCGUGCAGAGCGCGCGGGAUACAAGGCUGUCAUGCUCACUUGCGACACACCUAAGCUCGGCAAUAGAUACAACAUGUCACGAAAUGACUUUAAACUACCACACCACCUGAGCCUCCCGAAUUUUGGGAAGGACAAGGUCAGGCCACUUAUUCAACAUGUCGUCAAGGAUGAUGAGUCGAGCUUGGGGGAUUCAAACGUCAAUGGUAGGUCAUCUCCGGCUGCUUCGAUAUAUUGUUGAUAGGAAUGCUGAUCACUUCGAAGAUGACUCCAUUACUUGGGACAAGGAUCUUAUGUGGCUUCGGUCAAUCACACAAAUGGAUAUCUGGCUGAAAGGCAUCACGACUGCUGAAGAUGUUGAACUUGCCAUCCAAUCACCUGCAAACGUGACAGGAAUCAUUGUGUCGAACCAUGGUGGUAGACAGCUUGAGUGUGCUAUGGCAGCUCUAGACUCUCUUCCGGAGUGUGUUAACGCCGCUGGCGGGCUACAGAAUAAAAAGCUGCAAGUAUGGAUCGACGGUGGCAUUCGAAAGGGCAGCGACAUUUUCAAAGCCCUCGCCCUCGGAGCCGAUGGUGUUAUGGUCGGUCGGGUUCCGUUGUGGGGUUUAUCUGUAGGGGGCGAGGAAGGUGUUUUCAAGGCUCUGAGUAUCUUGCAAGCAGAGUUUCGGCAUACAAUGGCUCUCGCAGGUUGUCAGACUCUGGAAGACAUAACGCCUUCCCAUCUGUCAAGACUGAUUGAAGGGGGUAUUUAUGCGAAGCUGUAG